UUCUAUUCAGUCCAUCAUCAAGUAAGUUUGUUAGCUUUAUGUAGUGUGUCUAAAGUACGUGAGAAAUUUAAUAACAUGUUUGAGUAAACUACGUAGAACGAAAUUUUGAAGACCGCACUGUUAAUGGGAAUUUUGAUAUUCGCCUAUAGGCCUACUUCGGAUUAUUCUGAACUCCUAUUGAUGAAACUUCUGACUCAUAAAAUCUGUUCAUAACCUCAUGAUCUAAGUUUAAGUUGAUGAAGAUGGUUAAGUUAUAAACCAGGUAGAAUAUUAAUUUCAACAAUUUAGCUCUUGGUAGGGCCUACUCUUCAAAACGUAAUAUUCUUUUGGCAUUUUCACAACCGUUCUGUCUUAAUAACCUGGAUGUUAAAUCGAAAUCUUCAAAAUAAUUUAAAGUAAGGUUAUAGGAAGACCAGAAAUGCAAGCAAUUAAAAUAAAUUUAUGUUGGCCUACUACAAUAAUGCAGUUGUAGUUAGUUGGCCUGUAUAUCUAAAGAGACCACACUGUUUUGAAUCUGUGAUGGUCUUAUUCUUCAUUAAUACAUUUAAUUUAAUUUACAAUAAUUAUUGUUUCACACUGUUUGCCAUCAACCUGGACGGUGCAUUUAGAAAUGGCUUCAAAAAAUCAUGUGGAUAGUAGCGUUGCUGAGAGGCGUCUUAGGCCAAUUUAUAAUUGGUUGGAUGAUGGGAACAAUAAAAAGGCUCUUCAAGAAGCAGAAAAGGUUUUAAAGAAACAACCUAACUUUCAGUGUGCUAAAGUUUUAAAAGGACUAGCAUUAUUGAGAUUAGGAAAGGAAAUUGAAUGUUUACAGCUUCUAGAUUCAGUCCGUAAAGAUUUUCAGUGUGAUGACUCUACGUUACAAGCAAUGACAAUUUGUUACCGUGAAAUGAACCAACCAGAAAUGAUAUGUGACAUCUACUCAGAAGCCUCCAAGAAAGAACCAAAAAAUGAAGAAUUGCUGACACAUUUAUUCAUGGCAUAUGUUCGUGUCUGUAAUUACAAAAAACAACAACAAACUGCUAUGACGCUGUACAAAUUAAAGCUAAAAAAUCAUUACUAUUUUUGGGCUGUUAUGAGCAUUGUAAUGCAAGCCCAUGAAGCUGGUCCUGAACUUGCUAAUAGUGUACAGCUGCCACUAGCUGAGAAGAUGGUUAUGAAGUUUGUAAAAGAUGAUAAGAUUGAAGCUGAACAAGAAGUCCAACUAUACCUUAUGAUUUUAGAAAUGCAAAAUAAACUUGAAGACGCGAUUCAAGUAGUUGAGGGACCCUUAGGUGAGAUGUUGCAUUCAUCACUAACUGUUCCUACUAAGAGAGUUGAAUUAUUGAUGAAAAUGGAAUGUUGGAGUCGGGCAAAUGUUGAAAUUAAGAAAAUAUUGAUUGAUGACAUGGAUAAUUGGACAUUAUAUCUGAACUAUUUUCAAACUGUCUCACAUACAGUAGACCUACAUGCAAGUAGCAAUGGAGUUAGUGAUUAUAAUUCAUCAGAUAAAACAAUUAGCGACUGUGUACAGUUUUUGAAUGCCAUCCAGAAAAAGAAUCAAGAUACUAAACAUCCUCUGCGUGGCCCCUAUCUUGCAAUAUUAGAAUUGUAUGUUCAACUUCAGGAGAAAGGCAUUGAUCCUAAUGUACACUUUGGUGAAAUUACAGAGUUACUACAGGCUUAUUUUUAUUGCUUUGGUUCAAAAUCUUGUGUUUUGAAUGAUUUGAGGCCUUAUUUGAAUGCACUAACAGAACCUCAAGUAGCUUCUUUCCUUGGUGGUAUUUGGAAAUUUAUUGGAUUGGAAGAUGGCCAGCUGCCCACUUCCAGAGAACAAAUGCUAAGGUACAUUUCAAACUUGCACAUUUCACGUCACCUUGGUUUUCAUGACAAGCUCACUAACUCAGCUAAGAUGCAACUUUCAGACUGCCUUCUUCGUUACUACUUUCAUGGAGCUCAAUUCAACAGUCAAAAUUUGCUUGCAACAGAUGUUCGACACAAUGAUCCAUUCAUCAUCCUGAUAGUUGAAAUUAUGAACGAUUUGUGGAUGGAAACCGAUAACUCUGUAUACCUAAGGAAAGCUAUAGCUAUUCUAGAACAUGCAUUGUCUAAGAGUCCCUCAAACCAUCAAUUUAAAGUACUCCUUAUCAAGUUGUAUAAUGUGCUUGGAGUCAGCAAAGCCGCAGAAAAAGUCUAUGAGUUGCUAGACGUCAAACACGUGCAGUUGGACUCAAUGGGCUACCUAAUGUGCACACCUCUCCUAUCAACAGGGCUGUACUAUUUAGGUUCACAUCUCAUAGAACUGACUCUUAAGUUCUUUACUUCCAACUAUAAAGACAGUGCUGAUCACCUGACAUUUUUGUACAAGUUCGGAUCAUUUACAAAAAUUCACGAGUUCAUCAAAUUUAGGGAGCGCCUCAACAACUCAUUACAUUAUUCAUCUGUGACCGUAGAGAAGAUGCUUCUGGAAAUUUUUCUGGCAUCAUCAUAUCAGAGUAGUUUACAGAUGAUUGAGCAAAUGUCAAUCCAACCAGAAAAAGAAAGCAUUAGUUUUCAUAGCUUGGAGGACAAUAGAGAUUUAGAUUUGUGCUGGACAAGUAAUCCUCCCAGUAAACAGCUGUCUCAAGAGCUAAUACAAACAUCAUUUCAAAAUGAAGUUGACUUUUUGCGAACCAGAUCAAUUACACUUAGAAUUAUUGGAGGAGUGGUUCAACUCGCAUCUAAGAAUAAGCCUAGGACUGUUGAAAAUGGAAACUGUGAAGGAGUGUCUUUUAAGCAAAGCGAAGAAGAAUCUAUGGGAACACUCAAACAUCUUCAUCAAGAAAUAAAAGAUUUAUUUACUUCCCUCUCACAAAAAAAAAUUUCUAAACUACCAAAAAAUGUGAUUCUCACUCCAUCAGACUCUAGAUUGUUUUACUUCCUGGAGCUACCUUUCUUUGAAUUACUACAAACCCUUCUCCAUAUUGUCUUGAUUAUGAAAGUAGAAGAUCAAAGUACUAUUUCGAAAGAAGAAAUUUCUGCAAUUGAAGCCAACCCUGUAUUGAAAUUGAGUGAAGCUAUAUCAAUUUUAAAUACAGAAUCUAAAAGUAGUGAUUAUUCUCAAUUGGAACUCCGCUGCAGAUUUCUUAAUCUUCUGACUGUCAUCGUUGAAAUGGUUUCCAUCUCUUGCCUGUUUUGUGGUGUGAUGUUUGAGCUUGCCAAGCCAUACAAUGUUGAAAAAAUUAAGAAGGGUAAAAAGAAGAAGGAUUCCAGUGUUUCUUCACUUCCUUACAUGUCAGAUAAGACAAGUCCAUCAACUCUUAGUGUUCGAGUUGCACACAAGCUAUUGACUGUAACUCAAAAAGCACUACAAGAAUUAGAAAGUGUUGUAAAUGCAACGGAAGAAACCUGGAAAGAACCCUUGAGCAUUGACAGUGAUGUAACAAAUUUAAUGACUACUCUUAGCUUAGAAUCUAUUGAUCCCGCUGGUGUAUCAGACAUAUGUAGGGUUGAGGAAUUAGCGUUUGAUUCUUAUCACUCAUCGCUGACAGAAAUUAACAACAUCCUCAAGGUAAAAACUAAAUUUCUAUCAGAUCUACAACUGUAGCAAAAGUAGGUGAGCCAAUUAUUAAUGUGUUGGGUUAAAGAAAGGCCUAUGUAUGCUAUAAAGAUCUAAAUUAAAUUUUUAGUUUUUCUGUUAAACCACUAUAUUAUGUCAAAAGGCUGUCAUUACUCUUUGAAAUAGGCCUAAUUCUACUAAAUGUAUCUAUGCUUUGGCUUACCUAUGGAACUGAAUUACCUUCAACUAUAACCUAUGUUAAAAUCUAAUAAGCUUGUAGGCCUACCCAACUUAAAAAUUUGGUAAUAACUAGACUAGCAUAUGUCAACAUUUUUUAAUUAUAACAUCAAAACAUUAAAAUAGUUAUUUUGUUCUACUUUUAAUAACAAUUUUUUAGAACAGGUUCCUACUUAAAUCUUUUAAAUAGGCACUGAAUUCUAAUAAGGUAAUAUGAUACUUUUUGUUUGAAAUAGUUUUAUAAUUUUGUGGUUUUUAAUGUCUGAACACAUUUUUGUUAAAUUAAUAAACAUCCUAUCGAUUGAGUACAGUAGAAUCAUUGACUUUUCGACACCAAAGUAGACAUCCCAUCUAUGGACCAGCUGUUGUCAUUUUUAAAAUUCAAAAUGAACAUAGUUCUGUGAGCCGGUCACAGAUUGCGCUAGUGUCAAAACUUCCCUUAGUUCUUGUUGUAAUGAGAUAGUUAAUGUGACAUAAGAGAUGCUAUAGCUUACGAUAAUUCUUAUUAGGUUGACUUGAUUAAAAAGUUUGCAUAUUUGGCAGAUAUCAGCGUAAUCUGUCGUUGGCCCAAUUAAACUAUUAUCCAUUUUGAUUUCAAAACUGGCGACAACUUUAACAUGGGUAUGGAAUGUCUAGUUGUAUAGCCUAAAUAUUUAAGAUAGAAUUUUUUGUUGGAGUUUAAAAAAAUACAGUAGAGAGUCAAAAAUCUGAAGUAAAAAAUCUAAAACGUCAAAAAUCCGAACCGCUUCUGAGAGUUUUAAAAUAAUGAAGAAGCACAGAGACAACAGAUGUUUUACAAUUUUGCAGGCAGAACAGUCGGCACUCGGCAGGGAAAUGAGUGAACGGGCCGAGCCAGUCUGUGUUUUGUUCAUUUCCAAUGUACAUAUUUUUUCAAGAAACAAAUUACAGUAAUGUAGGUAAUGAAAAUACCUAAGUACAAAAAUCAUUGUUUUCAUUUCAUUCUCUGUAUCCUAGAACUAACUGUAUUUUUAAUACUGUAGGCCUUAAAAAUACAGUUAGUUCUAGGAUAAGGAUAAUUUUUUAAUACUGUAGGCCUGGGGGAACGAGCUGGCGUAGUGGCUAUAGCGCGGGACUUCAGUCCCUGGGGUCCCGGGUUCGAUCCCCGCCAAGUCACCAAUGGAUUUUAUCUAAGUGACAAUGCCGCAACCCCUAGGUCGAGCCUGAAGUAGGCCUAAUGGGCAAAACAAUCCCAGGCUCGUGCCUAGCGUCCAAGGACAAAAAAAAAAUACUGUAGGCCUAGUUAUGUGUUUAUAUUAGGCAUUUCUAGGCUAUGUUUGGAAAUCCUAACAAAUCGGUAAUCUGAACUACCUACGGUCCCAAUUGGUUCGGAUUUUUGACUCUCCACUGUAUUGAACUAUGGUUUAUGAUUGUCUGGUAAUAACUUUAAGUUGAAUUUAUUCAAACUUAAAUUCUAUAGUCAUAGUAAGGCUAUUUGGUUGCCUGAAUUAAUGUUUCAUCUGCAAUUUCCUAUUUUGUUAUGCAUACUAUCUGAAUGUAAUGUGUAUUCUACUUUAAACAUCUAGGAUCUUAGACAAUAUAAAUAUGAAAUAAUUUUGUCAAGAUGAUAUAACAAAGAAAAAGUUAUUUUGGCAUAUUGAAAAGCAAUCUCUAUUUGCCAAAAAUAAUUACAUAUUUAUAUUUUUUAAAUUACCUAGAUGAUAUGUAUCAACAGUAAGGCCUAUAUUUCUAAGAGAAGCUAAAUUAUUUAAAGUUUUGUCUUAAUAGAGAACACUUGGUGAUUGACUGUUAGUUAAAUAAAAUUUUACUGUACAAAUUUGUAACAAACCCAUUGCGCUUGAAUAAACAACUACCAUAUAUUA